AUGGCUACAGCUUCUACUAUCCGUCUGGGCACUGCCUCUCCGGGCACGCAGGAGUCUACGCCUGCCACCAUCGCCCUCAUCGACUCCAUCGCCCAGCGUGCGGCAGCUUCCAACAUCGACAUCCUCCUCCUCCCCGAGGCCUUCAUCGGCGGGUAUCCCCGCGGGAGCAGCUUUGGCUGCGAGAUCGGAAACCGUAGCCAGGCCGGCCGCGACGAGUUUGUCCGCUACUUUGAGCAGGCCAUUGACCUCGGCGACACUGUGGGACCGGGUGGUGGAGGCGCGGGUGUCAAGUGGGCGAAGAGGCAGCUCGGAGGGGAUGACGAUCAGGUCCGUGGAGAUGGCUCGCGUGAGGAGCUUGAGCGGAUUGCGAGAGAUACUGGUGUCUUUAUCGUUGUUGGAUGUGUCGAGAAGGCUGGUGGAAGUCUGUAUUGCUCUGUCGUCUACAUCUGCCCCAAGGAGGGCAUGCUAGGCAAGCGCCGCAAGGUGCUCCCUACCGGAUCGGAGCGCCUUAUCUGGGCCCAGGCUUCCCCGAGCACCCUCCAAGCCGUCACCACCAUCAUCCGCGGCGUUCGCAUCAACCUCGCUGCUGCCAUCUGCUGGGAGAACUACAUGCCUCUUCUGCGCCAGAGUCUCUACGCCCAGAACAUCAACCUGUAUCUCGCCCCCACCGCUGAUAACCGCGAUGCCUGGCUUGGUUUGAUGCGCACUGUUGGUGUUGAGGGACGCUGCUUCGUUGUCAGCAGCAACAUGUGCAUUCCCAAGACCGGAGGCGAGACCAAUGGCUCUGCGCCGCCUACUACAAGGGGAAGAAGGAAUUCGACCCUCACUGAAGAUGGCUUCGAGAUUGCACUGCCAAAGUCGCCCACACGCCGCCGCCGCAAGUCUGUCUUUGACGAAGAUGGUAACGAGAUUGUCCUCUGCUGCGAUGAGGAUGGCGAGACUCCCGCUCCUCUCUCGACAUCGAGUCGUUCCCAGACCCGCAAGACCGAGUUCCUCUCGCGUGGCGGUUCCUCGAUCGUUUCUCCGUUUGGCGACGUCAUUGCUGGGCCGCAGUGGGAGGACCCUGACGGUUUGAUCUAUGCUGAUGUCGAUUUCCGUGACUGUAUCAGGGGCCGUCUGGAUCUUGAUGCUGCUGGAAGCUACUCGAGGAACGACGCUUUCAAGUUCAGUGUUGAAGGCUUGAAUCUGGAUCCUCUGCCAUAUUGA